CAACCAACGCUUGGAACUGCCAGACUUGAUAGAGCUCGCGCCUAUACCUGAGAAAAUAGACUGUAAUCGCUUGCACUGUCUUCAAACCGACACCUGUUGGAACAGACCACUGGUUCACAUCGUGUGGAAAAACAAGGACAUUUAUAGAGUUCUACUUUUGAAGUGAGACCGAGAAAUAUUCGCUUGCCAACAUGACUGAGAGACCAGCUCGUAGGUUUCAAAACCUGACAAUUGAACAAGUUCACACUUUAGACCAGGUCCUAACAGAGGUGAUACCCAUUCAUGGGAGAGGCAACUUCCCAACACUGGAGGUGAAACCCAAGGACAUCAUUCAUGUUGUAAAAGAGCGACUGGUUGAAAAGGAGAUAACUGUCCGUGACAUCCGUCUCAAUGGCUCGACUGCAAGUCACGUCCUGGUCAAGGAGAAUGGGACCAGCUAUAAGGAUCUGGACAUUAUUUUUGGAGUGGAGCUCCCUAAGCAAGAGGACUUCCAGAUCGUGAAGGAGGUAGUCCUUGAUUGCUUGCUAGACUUCUUGCCCAAGUGUGUCAACAAGGACAAAAUUACUGCACUGACCAUGAAGGAUGCAUACGUUCAGAAGAUGGUCAAGGUCUCCACCGAGCAUGACCGCUGGAGCCUCAUCUCACUCUCCAACAACAGCGGGAAAAAUGUGGAGCUCAAGUUCGUCAACUCAAUGCGGCGCCAGUUUGAGUUCAGUGUGGACUCCUUUCAGAUUAUCCUGGACCAUAUACUGGAGUCUUACCAGGACUCUGAAAGAGAAAUGGCAGCGAUGGCCAAGGCCAAGAAACUCCUUGAACAGAUCAAAGAAACUCAGACUAAGGACAAGGAAUUGCAAGCCCAAGACAAGACAAUGCCAGCCCAGACCCAAAGGUCAGUGGAUCAGGCAGAAGAAUUGCUGGAUGAGGCCAAGGCAUCACUGGCCCAGGACAACCAGCUGACAGUCCAGGAAAAUGAGGCACCAGCCCUGAACACGGAAACAACAUCCCAUGGCAAUGAGUCACAAGACCAGUGCAAAGAAACACCAGCCAUGUGCAAGGCAACACCAGCCAUGAGCAAGGAAACAUCAACCCGGGGCAACAAGUCACCAGCCCAGUGCAAAGAAACACCAGCCAUGGACAUGGAAUCACCAGCCCAGGACAAGGAGUCACCAGCCAUGGGCAAGGAAACACCAACCCAGGGCAUAGAGUCACCCGUCCAGAGAAAAGAAACCCCACCUCAGGACAUGGAGUCACCAGUCCAGAGGAUAGAAUCAUCAACAAAGGACAAAGAAUCACUGAUGCCAAUAAAGGAGUCCCAGACCCCGGCCAAGAAGUCCCUGAACCUGGCCAAGGAAUCACUGACAGCAGCCGUGGAGUCAGAGACCAUGGACAAGAUAGCACCAGCCCAGGAUAAAGAAUCUUUGACCAAAAUCAUGGCAUUGCCAGCCCAGGUCAAGGACUUACUGACAGAGUCCAAGGAGUCACUGGCCAAGAACAAGGAAUCACUAGCUCAGACCAAGAAAUGCAUUACCAUGGACAAGAAGUCCCUGAACCAGGGUAAGGCAUUACCAGCCCAGCCCAGGGAGGUAACGACUCAUGACAAAUCUUUACCAGGUCAUGCUGAAGCCUUGCCAUUCCAGGAAAAGGAAUUGGUGGCCCAGACUAAGGCAUUGCCAGUCAAGGUCAAGGACUCAUCAGAUGAGCUCAAGGAUUCAUCAGCCCAGGCCAAAGAUUUACAAGUCAGGGCCAAAGUAUUACCAGCCUGGGACAAGACACUGCCUGUCCAGGACAAGGAUUCAGCAGCCCAGGCCACUGAAUCCCUGGCCCAGAACAAGGAAUUGCUAUCCUUGACUGUGGUGGCCGAGAGCAUGUAUGGAGAUUUUGAGCAAGCCAUGGACCACCUGCGCUACCGGCUGAUUGCAACCAGGAAACCAGAGGAGAUCCGUGGUGGUGGGCUCCUCAAGUACAGCAACCUGCUGGUCAGGGAGUUCAAGCCAGCCUGUGAGACAGAGAUCAAGACCCUAGAGCGCUACAUGUGUUCCCGCUUCUUCAUCGACUUUCCGGACGUCAACGAGCAGCAGCGUAAAAUUGAGUCCUACCUGCGCAACCAUUUCAUUGGCGAGGAGAAGAGCAAGUAUGACUACCUGAUGACCCUGCGUAGGGUGAUCAACGAGAGCACCGUCUGCCUAAUGGGCCACGAGCGGCGCCAGACUCUCAACAUGAUCACUAUCCUGGCUCUAAAGGUCCUCGGCGAGCAGAACAUCAUCCCCAACACAACCAACGUGACCUGCUACUACCAACCAGCGCCUUACAUGAGUGACCACAACUUCAGCAACUACUACAUUGCUCACGGGCAGCCGCCAAUCAUCUACCACCCCUACCCUCUGCACAUCCACAUGCAGACUGGUCUGGUGUAGCAAAAGGUGGGAGUAGUAAUAAAGAUAGAGGGAAAUCA